AUGGCCGACGAGGAACGAGCUGCGCCGGCAGAGUUUCCAGACGUGCGGGAGAAGCUAGCAGCACCCAAGAAAUUGUCGGCUUUCGAGAAGGAGCGUCUGGCAGCGCAGGAAAAGAAACGACGGGAAGCGGCCGAGAAUGAAAAAGCCCUUCGAGAAUUCCAGGACUCGUUGGGUGGAGAUGAAGAGGAUGAAGACGCGUUCGAUGGCUUCCCGCGCUUCAACAAGCCUCCUGCUGCACCACAAGGAGGAUUUGGGGGACUGCCCAGCAGAUAUGGAGCGUCAGGACCGAGAAGUGGACCGGGCUGUUUGGGACCAGUCGCUGGUGUCGUCCCUCCCAAUCUGAAAAGAAAGCGUGCGCUGGAUGAGAUGCGCGAGGCUCAGGAAGCGAGGCGAGAGCAAGAAGAUCUGGCUGCAUUUGCUAGUAGAAAUGCGGCGCGGCCGGCCCAAGACUCGCGAGACACGCGCGACAGAGAUGAGGAAAUGGAGCAAGAGGUCGCACCGAGGCCGACAGUGCAGCUCUCGUCUCUCCCACCCAUGACACGAGAGGAAGAUGUCAAAGCGCUGCUCGGGCCAUAUCUGCAGGUGCACUCGGUGCGGCUGCAACCACCUCCCAGGACAGAGUACGGCGCGAAAAGGUCGCUCACCGCCAUUGCUGAGCUAUCAUCUGAGACGUCCACCACGCAUAUCGAUGCAGCUGUGAGUGCGUUGAAGGACAAGUAUCUUAGCGCCGGCUUUUAUCUGUCCAUCUCUCGCCACCUCCUUUCGACUUCGUGGCACGGUAAUUUGCCUUCUGUGCCAGCAGCAACAUCUGCGGAGCCAUUUGGAGCGCAGAAGGUCAACAAAGAUCAGCCAGCUCGGUUCAACAUGCGCAAUGCGCCGCCGCCAUCCGACUUUGCACCUCCAGACUCUUAUGAUGCUCCAGCCAGACCGGCAAUAUCGGCAAAUGCCACAAUUCACGUGCAGCCGCCAGUAGACAUUGCGACCUUGCGGGCUGCACACACGAUCGUUGACCGCUUACUCUCGGAGCCGGAUGCUUCUCGAGCUUUGGAGAUUGAGGCAAUGCUGAUGUCGCUGCCUGAAGUGCAAGACGAUGAGCGUUUCGCGUUCCUCUACAACUCGAGGAGCACAGCUGGAGUAUACUACCGCUUCUUGCUUUGGGGUGAUGGCGAUGGGUAUGACUCCAUACAGGCUCGCAAGCGUGCUGCACAAGGACCUGAGCGAAUCCUCGACGACGUCAUCAUUGACUGGGUACCACCGCAUGAAGAAGUGCCUUUUGCUGAUCUGUCCAGCCUUGGCGAAGUCAUCGAUCACUCUAACUAUGAGUCGAGCGAAGAGGACAGUGACGACGAGGAACGACGGCACUUCAAUCAGAGUGGUCGUGAAGGGCAAGGUCCGCCGCCGCCAACUGAAAGGAAGCAUCUCACGCCGUUACAAGUCGCCAAGUUCGCAUGGCUGUUGUCCAGAAUGCCCUCGUCUCACACCAAAUUACGCAAGGCCGAAGUAGGCGCAGUCACAUCCUUUGCCAUCAACAAUGCAGGUGCAGGUGCUGAGGAGAUCGUGGACAUGCUUGUACUGAAUGUCGAGAAGCCGUUCACUUCAACCCAGUGCGCGCGCUUUGAGAAAGAGGAUGUGAACCAAGAUGAAGACGAUAUGUAUGAGCCAGACGAGGAGUUACCGACAUUGGAGACGACCUCUGCGCCUGAUGCUGGCAAGACCGGAGAGGAGAAGGAUGAUCCUUCGUUGGCGAAGCUCGUUGCAUUAUACCUAAUUAACGAUGUCUUACAUAACUCAUCCACAGCAGGAGUACGCAAUGCGUGGAAGUAUAGGCAACUCUUCGAGAACGCCUUCAAGCGGCAGAAGACAUUCGAGCAUCUUGGCCAGCUCGAAAAGGACCUCGGUUGGGGACGAUUCAGAGCUGAGCAAUGGCGAGGCAGGAUACGUGGGCUGUUUGAGGUGUGGGAAAAGGGUAGUGUCUUCGCCAGUGAUGUCUUCGAGCAGCUCAAGAAGAACUUCUUUGAGCAGCCGGUGCAGCAGGACGAGGAGGCAGAGAAAGCAGCGGCAGACAGCAAGAAGCUUGAAGAGAAGCGUAUGGCACGGUUCAAGAGAGUGGAUGGAACAGGCACUCCUGCAGAUUCAGAAUCUCCUGCUCCAGCAGCAGCCUCAUCAAAUGUGGAUGGUGAACCUUUAGAAGACCUGGACGGUGCUCCGAUGGACGAUCUAGACGGCAUACCGAUGGACGACCUUGACGGUGCUCCACUUGAAGACCUAGAUGGACUACCCGCAAGUGAUGCGCGGAUGACAGAUGCGCCACCUGCCAAAGCGAACCCUUCGACUGCACCUCAGGCGCAAGACACGAAAGGCGGCAUCUCACUGAAGUCCAGCAGCGGCGCCAAACCGCCUGCAACUGGACCGAAGCGAAGGAAGCUAGCAGAGGAUAUGUUUGCGGACAGCGAUGAGGAGUAG